UAAUGCGUUUUCUUUGUCGCAGAGUUUGCGUAGUCGUUUAAGCCGGUAGUUGAAGCACUGAGGGAAGCAGUAGUACCAGUGUUCGAGGAUUCGCUUCGUGUAUUAAAAGUUGAAGUUUGCUGCUAAAGAUGGCAGAUCCAGAUGUCCUCACCGAGGUUCCAGCAGCUUUGAAGCGAUUGGCCAAGUACGUGAUCCGGGGGUUUUAUGGCAUUGAGCACGCCUUGGCCUUGGACAUCUUGAUCCGGAACCCCUGUGUGAAAGAGGAGGAUAUGCUGGAGCUUCUCAAGUUUGAUCGGAAGCAACUUCGAUCAGUUUUGAAUAAUUUAAAGGGAGACAAAUUUAUCAAAUGCAGAAUGAGGGUAGAGACCGCUGCAGAUGGGAAAACCACUCGUCAUAACUACUACUUUAUCAAUUACCGUACUCUUGUUAAUGUGGUAAAAUAUAAAUUAGACCACAUGAGAAGGAGGAUUGAAACUGAUGAGAGAGAUUCCACCAACCGGGCUUCCUUCAAAUGUCCUGUCUGUAGUAGUACUUUCACAGACUUAGAAGCUAAUCAGCUCUUUGAUCCCAUGACAGGAACUUUCCGCUGUACUUUUUGCCAUACAGAAGUAGAAGAGGAUGAAUCAGCAAUGCCCAAAAAAGAUGCACGCACACUUUUGGCAAGGUUUAAUGAACAAAUUGAGCCCAUUUAUGCAUUACUUCGGGAGACAGAGGAUGUGAACUUGGCCUAUGAAAUACUUGAGCCAGAACCCACUGAAAUCCCAGCCCUGAAACAGAGCAAGGACCGUGCAGCAGCUACUGCUGGAGCUGCUGGCCUGGCAGGAGGGCACCACCGGGAAGCAUGGACCACCAAAGGUCCCUCCUAUGAGGAUUUAUACACUCAAAAUGUUGUCAUUAACAUGGAUGACCAAGAGGAUCUCCACCGAGCCUCACUGGAGGGGAAAUCUACCAGAGAGAGACCCAUUUGGUUGAGAGAAAGCACUGUCCAAGGGGCAUAUAAUUCUGAAGAGAUGAAAGAAGGUGGCAUAGAUAUGGACACAUUUCAGGAGCGUGAGGAAGGCCGUUCAGGGCCUGACGAUAAUGAGGAGGUCAUGCGAGCACUGCUCAUUCAUGAGAAGAAGACUUCUUCUGCCACGGCUGGCUCAGUGGGGGCGGCCGCUCCUGUGACUGCUGCCAAUGGCAGCGACUCGGAGAGUGAGACCAGUGAGUCAGAUGAUGACUCUCCACCUCGCCCAGCAGCUGUGACUUCACAUCAUCGAGAAGAGGAUGAGGAAGACGAUGAGUUUGAGGAAGUAGCAGAUGACCCCACUGUCAUGGUAGCUGGUCGUCCAUUCUCCUACAGUGAAGUGAGCCAGCGACCAGAGCUGGUGGCCCAGAUGACACCAGAGGAGAAGGAAGCGUAUAUAGCAAUGGGACAGCGCAUGUUUGAGGACCUUUUUGAGUGAGCUUUCUCUGCCUUGUCCUCCUUUCUAUAAAGCUUAUUUCAAAAAGAAAUACCUGACUUUGAAGAGAAAUGUUUUAAGUGGCUCUCUGCCCUUCUUGAUGUAAAGUAACUGUUAAUCUUGUGUGUAAAGUUAUGAGAGAAAAAGCUUAAUUUUUAUGCCAGAAGCUUCCCAGCAAGGCAGGUUAGCUAAAAGGAUUCCCUUCCCUGCUAUUAUUACAGUAUUAAUACUUUUUUACUAUAUUUUCUUAUCUAUUUUUUCCCUUAAGGCACAUUUUUCUCCUUUCUGAAAUGAGUGAGGGAAAUCCAUAAUGUAUAUUCAUUCUUCCUGUCUGCCUGCAGAAGCCUUCUAUGAUAGCUUACAAUAAUUCACUGAUUACAUCCUUUUGAUGUCUUCUGAUUCCGCAGUCCAAACAAUUUCUGAUAUUCCUACCAAUGGAAGCAACUUGCUGAAAAACGAAUCAUUGAUUAAGGAAAAAGAAAUUCUAAGGCUUUGUAUUUCCUCAAAAUUGAGGUGGGGUUUAUAUUUAAGGGAAGGUGGGAGUAUAUGUAGAAGAGGGGGUGAAUAUGCCUGAAUCUCAUCAAUUAAUGUCCAAACCAGAAUGUGUCUUUAGAACUGGCCAUACCAGUAACUUCUGUUGUUUGCCUUAACAAUGUUCAGUUUGAAUUUUGGGUGAUAGAAAAUAGAAAGAAGUAUACUUGUACACUCUUACAAAGAAAUUAGAAAGCCCAUGGACAGAGGACAAGGAGUCCAUGUAAGGGAUUGAGGCAUUGGCAACAAGGCCUACGUAUGUUCUGAUUUGGAAAUCCUGUAUGUAUUCAGCUGAGUCUGGUCCUGUUUGUUUUCUUUUCUGUAGCACUCUUGUCAGUGCUAUAAAUUGUUUAAUGAAGCUAUUAAACAUUCUAGUAGCAGUCAGCAUAGAAUACUUGGUUAUCCACUCACCACCCAAUUCUCUUACUCUUCCUAAACAUCAUUGAAGGCUUUGUCACUUUUGAUUCUUGUCAGACACGGUAUUUUGGAGAGCAUGUAGUAAAUCGAGUAGUGUAACCUCAAGGAACACCAUUUUCUUUGGAAUCUGAUAAGUAGCAUGGAGUUAUUUUCCAAGUCAGAACUUGGAAAAUAAAGAACUUUCAUACAAAGGUGUACAGCAAUUGUAUUUUUUUGUAAUAUUUUUUCUUGCAUUGUAAUUUUUAAGUAUUUAUCAUUUUAUAGUAUGUGUGUGAAGCAAGAUAGCAUUUUAGAGUAUCUGAGCCUUGUAUGAAGUGAUAUUUCAUUUACCUGGGUUGUAUUGAUAACUGAUUAUUGACAAUAAAACUAUUUUAUACUGAC